ACACCAUGUUUCGGUAACGCGCGAGUGUCGCGCGGAAACAAGCUAAAUAUAAGUCACGAGGAAAAAGAAUAACCUCCCGCCUAGAAACUCGCAUUACUCGCUUAAACAACCUCUACCACUUUUGCUCGCGUUCGUUUCGGAGCAUUACGUUCUGCUGCGACGCGUAUUGCGUAUUACGUUUCCGACAACGGCCGUUAGUGCAUUCGUGUCCGCGACGUACCGCGCUUCGUCUCUUCCGUCCUCCUCUACUCUCUUCUCUUCUCGUCAGUUUUCCUCUCUCGUCCCGUCAUCGUAAUACCAGUUGUCGUUACGAGUGCUCGCGUUAGCCGAUAUCGCCACAUUCCUCUUGCAGGAAAUAUGCAAUUUUUUCGUAUCGACAGUUAAGUCGCGUUAUCGCUGUGUGAAACGUCCAAGCGUCGAUCGUUCGAAAAUCGCGAUUCCAACAUUUCGCGUUCGAUGAAAUGGCGGCGGACACGUCAAACAGAAAAAUAAUGAUUCGUUUGUUUGCACAAGCCACCGCGGACACAGACGAGGUAUUACUCGUUUGUGCUACACGCCAUUCGAUCUGCCACUGUUUCUCUCCGAUCGACGAUAACUCGUGCCGAUCUGUGAAUCGUCGUUUUGUGGGUUAAAGACUGUUCGAAAUGGUACUGGGUAAACACUGGCUUUUCAUCACCAAGAUACGUACGUAAAUAACGCAUCGUCACGAUGGUACCGUUCGCGAGAUUAAAUUUUCACGCGAAACGGUCGUGACUUAUUUUUGUAGAGCUAAGCUACGAUACGGUACGGCACGGUGCACUGUUUGCACCGUUGUGUAAUACGCGCGUACGCAACAUAAUAUGGAUAUAAUUGUUUGACGCUGUUGUAUAAUACGGCUUCCAGCGUGAAUUCAGUCACGACUGAGACGUCGUCGCGCGAACAUCACGAUCGCGAGAGCAAGUUCCUGUUUGGCGAAUGCUGCGCAACGCGAUCGUCUUCCUCGCAAACGAACAAUUAACCUUGAAUCGAUCACGGCUUUUCAUUUGCUAUUCGACGUGAGUAUAAAUGCGGAGCGUCGCGCCGCGCCUCGCCUCUAGUUGACGCGUCGCACGUCGUACGUUGCGAGAGUUUGCGCUUGGACAGGCGAUUCGCACGAUUCUCUCGCGAACCGCGAGAUACGGUCAGUCGGUCGAUCCUUCGACGAAUAUCCCCUUUUUGAUAUCGCGGGUCUCUUGCUUCGCCACGUUGUCGUCGUGGAAUCGCGAUGGCAAUGAAAUUGUCCGUGUUUGUACGCGCAUCACUAACAUCGAAAGACGUUGAACGCGAAACGAAUACUCGGAAGGAACCGAAUGUACGGAAAGAGGAAAUUUAGUAAACGAUGCCAUUGGAAGUUGCGCGCAAAGAUACGCGCGAUAUCAGGUGUGUGGUUGGUUGUACGAGGCGUCAUCGUGCCGUUCCUACUGUCCAAGAAAAGUCGUACAGAUUGGUCGAUCGGUGAAGGUCGAUCCGAGGAAGAGCAGUGGUUGGAAGAACGAUUAUCGAAGAAUUACGAGACAAAGUUGAGCGGACAAGUACCGAUGAACCGUUUACGUAACGCGAAAUCGACGGAAAGGAGCGGCCGCAGCAGCACGUUUCCGAAACGCGCUCGGAACGGAACGAGUCGCGUACGCGUUUAAACUCGAACGAGCGCCAAACUAUGUCAAUUUUUUCGCCGAUCGACAGGCUUUCGACUUGACAGACGGCGAGCGCAGUACUUACGAUAAACCGAAUUUAGCAUUCUGUUCGGUACCGUAGACCGAGCUCGAGCGAACCUCGUCGAAAAAUGAGAUCGAACGAGGUACCUGUAUUUGCUAAUCGGCGGGGCGUUUCGAACUCGCACGGUGACGUCGUUGAAAGUUUAUCGCGAUAAAACGAUUACGAUAUAGAUCGAUCGACGAGAGAUUUUUCUCGCGAAGCGUCGUCUCGGAACUCGUUCGCGUACACGUCGAACGGUGAUCGUCAGACUGUGUGCAUAUCUGUUAGCUGAACGAAAUUGCACGAAUAAACGAAAACGGAGGCGUACUUGUAGAAAUUCGCGUGUGGCGAUCGACGUAAGGGAGCCAGAUAUCGAAGGUAGCUAUCCAAGACUGGUGCUAGUAUCUUACGUACAGAUGGUUAAAAUUAAAACGUUGCGUUGCUCGACUUCGUUAUGAUUUCACGGUACGCGAAGAAUGGUGGAUACCGUCAAGCUGUACGAUCCGCUGGAAAAGCAAUUGGACGAUUGGUAAAAGCGUACGUUGGUAAUUCGUUCGGAUGGUGGAUGGCGCGAGAGAAAAAUGGAAGAAGCGAGACACGCAUGGGCUACUUUAAAGUCAGUCAGAAAGUUAACAUUGUUGAACGGUAGUGGUAAUGGCAACGACUACGGUAACGGCGUAAAUGGAAAUUCCACGACAGUGUGGUACGAUAUUCCCGCGCCCGUAAUAAUACAUUGUUGCCAAGAAUUGCCAGAUGCGUCCAAACUGGACCGCGUCGAGCCGAUCGAGGAAAGAACGAGCGUCGCGACUACGAACGACGAAGAGUCGACAACCGAUACUCGGGAUAGCAAAGAGCCGGAGAAACGCGGGGACGAGAAGGAGGGAGAGAACCGACACAGAAACACGGUGGAAUUGACCGCGGUCACGUCGGUGAGAACCGACGAUGACGGAGUGCCGAAGAUCAGCUUCAGUUUCCUACAUUCGGACGACAAACCUCGAACGGCUGUCGUCGAACGAGCUACGGUUACAGGAGAAACGACUACGACGUGGACGACCGCGACCGUGACCACGAACAACAACGACGAAGAUACGUCGACGCGAGACCAACUGUACGACUUUCCUAGGAAUUCGUACGUCCACGACGAAAUCGAAAGCGAGAAAGCGGUAGAAAGUGAACGCGAGCCAGAAGUCGCUAAGGACAAUGAGGAGAUUCGCGGCACGAGUCCAGCGAAAUUCCACGGGGAAUCGGCCGAGAUUCGAAACGAAAUCGACCAUCGAAACGUAACCGAUUCGCAGAAUUCGAAAGAAUCGCGCGGCGCGUCCCGCCAGGAGGUCACGUCCUCGGAGAAAGCGAGCGAUCCAACGAUCGCGAUCAACGCCGCGAAUUCGGAAGGAGAAACGGAUCCGUGCGAUCCAGCGAAUCGAAGAAAAAGGCAUCGCGACGGAUCGAACGCGCAAAGCGACGGAUACGAUGCUUCCAUGCCAGCGGCGGGCUGCUCUUAUUCGGACGUCGAGUGCUCGAACGAUUCUCUCUCGAACGCGGUGGCCCGCCGAGAGGAACGUUAUCCAAAGAAACAUCGGCUGGGAAAGGCAUGGGAGAAAAUGCGAAACUGGCUAAGGGACGAAACGUCUCGGAUCAACGAGGUGGUGAACAAACACGCGAGAUUGCAAGCCGUCGGCGCUCUUUCCGAAGAAUCGUGUACCGUGACCGUUCCGAACGGUAACAGCGCGUCCUACGAUCUGACCAAGGCGAGGACUCCGCAAUUAGGAUCGAUCACUAGGGUCGAGGAAUUCGGUUUGUCCUCCGUUUCGCAAGAGCACCUGAAAAGCUCGUCGUCUUCUCCCGAAACCGUGAUCGUAUCGUCGAAAACGAACGUCACUCUCCACCGAGCACCAACGAAAACCACCGGCUUGGGAAAAAUGAUCGCCACCUCGGACAACGUGUUGAACGAGAAGAGCGAACUGAGUAUCGUUCCGGUUUCCUUCAGCAUGGACAAACUCUGCUCCGAUACGGAAAUCGACGAGACGCACGAUGCAGCGACCGCUGCCGAGAUCGACAGCAGGGAUCAUGCUCGAAAAGCCGGCUUAAUUAAGAGGAGAAUGCUGGGGUCAAUCAGAGGGUUAAUGGCCUCCACUCAUCUUCUACACUCGGUCUCCGUUCACGAGACCGAAGAGGGUGGACAAGGUGGAUUCGAAGAUGUUCGAAGGUACGUGAAACAGGGUGGAGAUUUCUGCAAGGAAUUGGCAUCGAUCCUACACGAAAGAGCGGAAUUAGAAGCGACUUAUGCCAAAGGACUCAGCAAACUGAGCAACAAACUGACUAAGGCGUGCGCGAAGGAUCAAGGUGGCAACGGGAGCGGAGGUGUGAACGAAGCAUGGAGAUGCGUCGGCGAGGAGAUGGAGGCUGCCGCGGAAGCUCAUAGGAUCUGGGGAAUUACGCUUAGCGAACAACUCGCCAAACCGAUCAGAGUAGGAGUAGCAGAGGCUCAAGGACGUUCGAGGAAAUCUAUCGAGAAUUCCGUGGAUAAGGCCGGGAAGUCUCUUCACGAGUGGCGUAACAUUGCAAUAAAAAGUAAAAAACAAAGUUUCGCUUGUGCACGGGAGAACGAGAGGUUGCAAGACCUCGCGAGGCUGCAAUCGAUCAGUCAGAGUCAGCAGAGCAAUAACAAAUCGUCGACCCAUCAUAUGACGGAGAAGGAGGUCAGUAAGCUCGAAGCGAGGAGGAGAAAGGCCGAGGACUCGUCUCGUAGGGCGGACACGGAGUUUUACACGGUGAGCGUGAGAGCUGAGAGAGCUAGGCUCGAGUACGAGAGCACCAUGAGGAAAGGAGCCAAACAAAUGGAACUUCUCGAAGAGGAACGAUUGAGCGCUCUUAAAGAUCUCGCGAACGUUUAUUUAGCCCAUCUGCAAGCCCUAGCUCCCCGUCUGCAACAGAGUGCAGACCGUUUGGCAGCUCCUAUACGUAACUGUAACGUGUCCCAAGACAUCGAAAUCUUGAAGAAUCUUAUACGCAGAGUAGAGAGCAACGACGGGUGUAACGCCGAGCAAUUGCUCCCUGACUUUUAUGCCGAACACGUUACUCUAGCGAUGAACAGAGAACGUCGGAAACAAGCGCUGGUAAGAGUCCUUCAUCUGAUCAGACAGGACUUGGAGCGCGAGAGGCGCGGCAGAGAAGGUUUGGAAACUCUUCACCGAGCUUUCAUUGCAACACCGGCAUUCGCGGCGGAUGAGAGCACGCAAAACGUAACGGAAAAACUACACCAUAUGCGUUCUAUGUUAUUGUAUUUGGAGGCAGCGAGGUAUAAAGUUGGAGGAACAUUGGCCGAAGUAGAAGGCAGUAAACGAGACAAACAUCCGUUGGCCGAACAUAUUUUAGUCUCGAGGGAUAAACAGGGUUUGCAGCAAAGUGUCCUUAAGAUUCCUUCUUGGGCAAAGAACGAAUCGUUUGAGAUUCAGGAGGAUGAAGACGAAAUGGACGUACAUCUCGUAAAGGAUCACGAUACCGAGAGUCGUCAUUGGGCCGAUCGAACAGCUGGCGAUGGAAACUCGGAGAAUCCACCGGACGAGGAUGACUUUAGCGAUUUCGACGAAUUCAGUAGUCAUUCCGAGGACAAUAAUAAUCAAGACGUCGAUGCCACCGAAACGAGUGGCAAGUCCGACGCAACGGAGCAAUGUAGAGCAAUCUAUCAAUACUCGGCAAAUUUAAACGACGAGCUUAGCUUAAGUCCUGGCGACUUGAUAACGGUACAUCAAAAACAACCGGAUGGUUGGUGGAUAGGAGAGUGUAGAGGACGAACUGGAAUAUUUCCAGCCACUUACGUUCAAGUUAUUAAUUGAACAACUUACGCUUUGCUUCGCCUCCUGACAUUCAGGAAUUAAGCAAUGUUUUUUCCUUCUGAUUCCGAAGGAGAGAAAGGGAGAGCAGGUGCGAAUAGGUAUAAUGAUACACGAAGAAUAUGUAGAUGCAAUUAUACUGUAAAAAAUAAAUAACAACAAAAGUUAUUAAUUAUACGUAUGAACGAACUACCAAAGUAUGAUUGAAAUUAAAAGUGACUCUCCUAGAAAAAGUCAAAUUUCACUGUACAAAGAAACAUUUUUUACCUUUGAUAUCGAGUCGUAUUGCCCGCGAUAGCAAUUACUGAACAAUACGAGAUACGGCGCACCGAAACGCAGCAUUAUCUACUACGGAUAGUCCACGAAAAUAUUUGUCAAACGUGUUUUGUACGCGCUCGAUUUUACCAAUUUUAAACGGCAAGUUACUAAAUGCAUAUUUGUUUGCGUCAAUAAAGUGCCAAUGAUAGCAUAUACAUACAUAUAGAAACUGUACGGGACGGACAAGAUCAAUCGGGGAUAAAGUUAAUAUUUUCGCUACAAUGUAAUAAAUCGUAAUCAGGAAAAGGAAAGGAGUUUGUACAACGAAGUAAUACAUUUUUGUUUGUAUAACUUGUGCAUCAUAAUUUAUAAUUAAGUUGUAAUAUUAACAUAAGCAUAAAAACAUGAUUCAAGUCAUUUUCAUAGAAAGUAAAUGUUGUUUCUUCCUUAAAAAAUCAAAGACUGUUUAUUCACGCAGCAUUCACGCAUGAAAUUAAAUAGCGUGACAUGUAUAUAAUUUGUUUAAUUUUCGAAAUUCCAUUGUAAAUAGUACUUAGCUGCAUUUAAUAACUUAAGUGUUUUAUGUAACUGAAAUUUUAAUUAAAGUUCGUUUAUUUAUCAUCUAA